AUGGAAGAUGAACUUCCAGGGAAAUCGGGUGAUGAUAUAAUAAACUACUAUAAUAUAUUACUUGAAGAUGUGGAAGCCAUAGACUCUGGACGUGUUCCAAUACCUAAUUAUCCAGAACUGCAAAGCAUUUCCAACCAGAAUUCAGAAGCAGAUGUAGAAAGGCAAAGAGGGGCUUCUUGGACAGAAUUGGAACACAGGUCAUUUCUCAGGGGCUUAGAUAAAUAUGGAAGAGGUGACUGGAAAAGUAUAUCUAGGUACUGUGUGAUAACAAGAACACCAAUGCAGGUGGCUAGCCAUUCCCAGAAGUAUUUCAAGCACCUCAAAGCCGUCCCCAAAAAGAAUAGAAGAGCGAGCAUUCUCGAUAUAACUAGUGCAGAUGCUGAAGCCGCAGGAACAUCACAAGCAAUGCCAAGUACUAACAAUGAGAGCAUAUUUCCUCGACAAAGCACCAAUGCUGAGCAGAUCAUAGCAGUUGCUGGAGGAGUGGCUUGA